UCACGUUGACGACAUAAACAAUAUGGCCGAACAUGACUAUGGAUGAAUCGCUGAAAUGGUUUCCUAUUGUAAUUUUACUGUUUAUUGUACAGUUUCGACUGGUAAAUAAUGUUGCACAAACGAAGACGAAAGCGCUUCGAAAUUUUGAUAGGUAUGAUGAUAAAAAGUAUUAUGAAGACAACAUAAAAUUGGCCAAUUACGACAGAAGAAAGCGGUCUCCGUCCAGAAACUUGGAUGACGAAGAAAUUGAUAGUGUAUCUGAUAAUUUAAGAAAGAAAGAAGCCAAACAAAAACGACAUCAGAAAAAACACAGAAAAGGCAAAAAGGAAAAAGAUGAUGAUGACAAAGUCAAAGAAAAGAAACUGUCAAAGGCUAUGACGUCGGAGGUGGAAAGAGAAUUAGGAUUACAUGGAGAUGCAGUGGGGAACCCGUGUGUUGCCAGUCCAUGUGCCCAUGGAGGGACCUGCACAUGGAACAGGGAGGGACAACCUGGCUUCCGGUGUGACUGUAGACUAGGCUUCCGGGGGAAGCGAUGUGAGCGAGGUAAGGACAGCUAGGUCUCCGUGGGAAGUGAUGUGAGCGAGGUAAAGACAGGUUUCCCGGCCGUCCCUGAUUUUAUUAAACUUCAGAUAAGAGUAUUUAAAUUUGUUGAAUUCUGUUUUCAAUGCUCUUUCUGAUAUAGGUGAACAAGAAAUCUUGCGACCAUGUUUUUCUGGCCUACAACAGGACACAGCCCUUUAUUCCCUUCUUUUAUUUUCUCUGUGUGAAGUUUUCCUAAAC